UGGCGAUGCCCGGCCCGAGGUCCCCUCGGUGGAUAUGGAAGAGGUCCCUCUGCUUGGCGGGAUGUCCAGUCCCGAGGAGGAGAUCGUGACAGACCUUUUCAGUGCAGAGAGUCCGUUUGUUUCUGAAAACCUUACCCUGAAAACCCCGGUGGUGGUGAAGCACGAGGAGGACGAGUUCCACGUUUUUAAAGACGCGUAUCUGAGCUCCGCGGACCCCAAGGAGCCCCUCCUGCACGGGUUCAGCCCCCCGCUUCACGUGGACUGUGAGAGUCAAGUCAAAGUGGAGCUCGUGGUGGACGACAACGACGAUGAGGAGAUGCUCCCGGAGUACCCGAGUCUCCCCGAGCUCAGCCCGCUGGAGGACGCCGCGCUGUCCGUGGCCCCGCAGCCGCAGGCCUACAACGUGCACUUCCUGUCCUCCCUGCUGGCCCCGCACAGGAGUCCUGCUGUCGUGCACCUGGGCGCCUGGGCCAGGGAAGGAGCCGCCCACCCCGGUGUCCGGGUGAUUCCAGUGGGAAUAAAGGAGGCAGGUGGUACAAUUAUAAGUAACAAUCCGGAGGAAGCAACUUUUCAGAACCCUCUUGGUCCAGAAUCCUGUUGCAAGUUCCCCUCAUCACAAGAAGCAGAGGACGCUGACCACUCUCACAAAAAAGACUCUAACCCAAUGGUGAUAUGUCAGUUGAAAGGGGGUACACAAAUGCUGUGUAUAGACAAUUCUGGCACAAGAGAACUAAAAGCACUUCAUUUGGUUCCUCAGUAUCAAGACCAAAAUAAUUAUCUACAGUCAGAUGUCCCUAAACCAAUGACUACUUUAGUAGGAAGAUUUUUGCCAGUACCAGCAAAAUUAAAUCUCAUUACACAACAACUUGAAAGUGGAGCCUUCCCAUCCCUAGUCAACGGGUCUGCUUUCCCUUCGGGAUCCGUUCUUCCAGGACCACCAAAAAUAACUUUGGCUGGGUACUGUGAUUGCUUUGCCAGUGGGGACUUUUGCAACAACUGCAAUUGUAAUAAUUGUUGUAACAAUCUACAUCACGAAAUCCAACGGUUCAAGGCCAUUAAGGCAUGUCUUGAGAGAAACCCAGAAGCUUUCCAACCAAAAAUCGGGAAAGGGAAGUCGGGAGACGUGAAGCCUCGACAUAACAAAGGCUGUAACUGCCGGCGCUCAGGCUGCCUCAAGAAUUACUGUGAGUGCUAUGAGGCCAAAAUUAUGUGUUCUUCUAUUUGCAAAUGCAUUGGUUGCAAAAAUUAUGAAGAAAGCCCAGAACGGAAAACCCUAAUGAACAUGCCCAACUAUAUGGAAAUUGGAGGGUUUGAAAGCAACCAUCAUUUGUCACCAACUAAAUUCUCAGGACUACCAAAAUUCAGACAAGAUAGGCGCUCUUCCUCGUGCAUCUCCUGGGAGGUGGUGGAGGCCACAUGCGCCUGCCUGCUGGCCCGGGGCGAACAGGCCGAGAAGGAGCGCUGCUCGGAGUGCUUGGCGGAGCAGGUGAUCUUGGAGGAAUUCGGGAGGUGCCUGUCACAGAUUCUCCGUAUUGAGUUUAAAUCCAAAGGGUUGAAAAUUGAGUAG